ACUGCUUCUCUUUCGACUUGAGGCAGUGAAAACGUUUCAUGCGUUGAUGCAGUCUAAGCGUUUGUUAGAUAAUUCGAAACGCACUCAGAUUGCACCAAUUGCAAAGCAGUACACCGGUUCCUACAGAUUGAAGUCUGGAAACGCUGAUUCGAGUUGUGUUUGCUCGUGAGCUCUAUCGUUCGCACGAAAGCAUAUUUUUAUACAAGAUCCUCGGCAUCCACGCUCGACAUUCACACGUACUUGACACACCGUGUUUCUAACAAGCUCAGACACAAUAAUGGAUGAAGAACAAUUAUAUGAAUUUCCUGUAUAUAUUGAGGAUAAAAACGAAAUAAUUACCUUAUUUUUAAGUAAAAAAGCUAUGGAGAGAGUAACACAAGACGAAGCUUUUUUAACCCAACUUAUUGCGAAAGAAACAAAACAACAACAAAUUAAUGAGAUACCAGUAGCACCAGAACAUACAGACAAAGAAAAUGCUGUCGACAAAAACAAUGCAGACAAGUCGAAGGUAUUUGUAUGGCCAGACAAAGCAGUACUUUUGUUAUUGGAAAUGUACCGAGAAAGAGAAGAAGAUUUCUCUACUGGAUUAAAACGUAGCAAUAGAAUCUAGACUGAAAUUGCUGCUGCGAUGAAAGAGGCGAAUUC